CAAAAUCUCGCCAUUCGCGAGAAUUGGUGUGGUGACACAGUUCAGUCUUUCCUUCGCUUCGCGUUUGGGAUUUUGAGCCUUACCGAGAAGGCGUUUACGCACAAAAACAACCACUGGCAACUUAAUUCCUCAUCGCUGAAAGCUUCAUUCCAUCACUAUGGAGGAGACGAAGGAGGUUGUGAAGACGGACAAGUUCGGGGAUGUCACCGUCUACGUUUCGGGAGACCGCAAAUUGAGGGUGUUCCUCACAGUGCACGACAUCGGACAGAACCAUAAGUCGUUCCACCCAUUCCUGCUGCAUGAGGACAUGAAGGCCAUCCUGAGUAAGUUCUGUAUCGUCCAGAUCACAGUGCCAGGACAGGAGGAGGGAGCUGAAACCUUGCCUAAUGACUACAAGUUUCCAACGAUGCAGGAGAUGGGGACGGAAGUGAUUCCUCAAGUCUUGGCUGCUCUGGGAUGUAAGUCCAAGGAUGUGGUUGGGUUAGGUGUGGGGGCAGGUGCCAACAUCCUCUGCAGAUAUGCGAUGAUGUCGGCAUAUGAUGUGCUGGGGCUGUGUCUGCUGGAGUGCAGUGCAGAGUCUGCAGGGUUUCUGGAAUGGGGACAGGAGAAGAUUGCAUCUCUACAGCUGAACAUGAAGGGAAUGAACCCGACCAGUGAGAGUUACCUGAUCUGGCACCACUAUGGAAACGCAAAGAAGGACAAGCUGAGUGAGGUGCGAGGGUUUAGUGAUCGCCUUUACUCCUCCUUCAACCACCAAAACCUUGCUCGUUUUGUGAAUCGCUACAUGAACCGUACCAACUUCAUUGACAAGUUGAAGACAAUGAAGUGUCGUGUGCUGAUGGUGACUGGCAGCAGGUCAGCCCAUGUGAGGGAUGUGGAGAGGACAUACACUGCAAUGGACCGUCAAAACAGCGAGAUCCUAAAGCUGGAUGGAGGUGAUGUCAUGGAUGACAACCCUGAGAAGCUGGCAGAAAGUAUGCUAUUCUUCCUGCAAGGCCUGGGACUGGUUGCAUCUGUGGUGUCGCGGAAAAUGUCCCGUGGUAGCUCCUUCUCACGAGACUCCCAGUAAACACUUUGCCUUUAUGAGGGAGUUACACGGGGCCAGCUGCUGAUCAUGACUAACCACUGCAUGUGGUGUGCAUGCCGUAGGCAUGGUGUCAUAAUGGAACACAUCUGAUCAAUCCUCUCACUGCUGUAGCCAACACCACUGUGGGUGUGUGUCUGUGUGCCAUCAGUAGUGAGAAGGUUGAAACAGAUCUUUUUUAAAUACUUGAUGCUUUUAACUGAAUGAUUUACACUCCUAUUUUUACUAUAUAUUAAUCAUAAUACUACCAAUAUCCCACUGGUGUGCUUUCUUUCCCUAGAAACGUUCUAACAGAACAGGAUUUAGUAUAUAUCAUAUGUCAUUUCAAUUCACUGAAUCAGAUUAGCAUUUGUACCAAGUCUUGUGUUUGACAAAAGAUGUAAAGACUAGCCAACUGCUACCCACCCUUGUCCAGGACACCCAUUAGUUUACCCCUAUAGCAGUAUAAUCAAAUACUAAAUACUACUACCACUUACAUGUAAUCAUUUCUAUCAUAGAAUGUUAUCCUUAUGAAAAGACAGACAUGCCAAUGUGAAAUCUUAUGGAACAAUUUUUUCCUGACACACUAAGCCACUGAAAAUGAAAAAUAAUCCAACCAAAGGCUUACUUCUUGCCACUUGCAAGUUAUAGCUGUUUCUUAUUCCUUGUUACACUAUCAGAAAAGGCAUAUUAUUGUUGAAAAUUGGUUAUGGCAGGUGGUAGAUGUCUUUUUAAAUGAUAUAUACUAUACAAUAUAAAACAUAAUUGAAAAUCAGCCAUUGAUUUGAUGCUUACCUCAGUGUUUUACUUUCUCUCCCCCUCCUCACUCCUGUAACCAGUUUCGUCUGUCCGCUCCAAGAAGAUGUCACGAGGAACAUCUCUGUCGGGCACAGAUGCAUAAAUCUGGAAACUGUGCUCUUCAGUUGUCGUAAGUGCCUCGUGCACUGUAUGAAAAGACUGUAAGAUGCUUUUUUUAGGGGCACUUUGAACACAUGUCCGGUAUUGUCUGAUCAAGCUUUAGGAGAAGUUUAGGGAAAGUGCCGUUGGUAGAGGAAUAGAAGAAGUAGUACAAGACUGUCAGUGUGCAGCAUUUUCAAGUCCAUUUUGUGCAUUUUUGGAAGAUUUUCAAACAAAGUUUUGCACUUUUGUCUCUUGACUUGCUGGCUGUAUAUCCAAGAAAUUCGAAAAUCACUGUCAAGGUCAACUACAAAAUAGACAAAAACUUCUGAAUCAAAGGCUAUUUUGUAAUUUUUCUGGGGAUUUUUUGGGAAAUCUGUUGACAAGAAGCUACACUUCUCUUUCAUGAACUUUAUAGAACAUUUUAAAAGCAAAAUUUUCUUUUAUAGCCAAUGAUCACACUUGUUAGAAUCUCUUCUUUUUUUCUGCAAUUUUGAUGGGCUCAUCCAUACAUUACACAUACAGAGAUGGUUUAACAACUCUGUCCAUUCCUGAAUAUAAUGGAAUUGUUAAAAUUCUGCACACGUUAACAGAGUUGACCCUUAGCAUGUACACCUAUAGGCAUAGGCAACCAAGAGAGAUGACAUCUACAGCUUUUGUCAGUAGGCAAUCAAGCAGAACUACCAAUGAGAUUAGGAGCAAUGAACAGCAAUGAAGAACAAAGUCGCCCUUGGAAGUAUUGUUCUUAAGCCUUACUGAUGGUGUAAACACUUCAAUAUGAUCAAACUCAAUACACAAGUGUAGCACAAGUAGCGACGCAAAAGCUGCAUGGUCAUUUUUGUGCAAUCCACGUUACAUGCAAAAUUGCUGCCAAAGUGCAUGUAGUAUAUUAAUUGGCAAAGAAGUUACACAUGCUGGCUAAGUCUUUGUGCUUGUGAAAGAUUAAGAUUGUUAAGUUUAGCCAAGAAGAGAAAAAAAAUGAGUCCUGGAACUGCUUUGUAGUUUGUAAGUGAAGUCUUACAACAGUCAUAUAUCUAGUUAAAGGCUUUUAUGAUUGAAAUGAUGUUAGACGAAAGUAAAAAAAAAAAAGAGUGCAGCAACAAUUUGAGAACUCAGAAUCUUCAGAUCACUCCUGAAAUGUGUAAACCUUGCUAUUCACAUUGUUAUAAGCCGGCUCACAGUUUGAACUGCACAUGUGCAACGUCAAAGGUGGAGUCCUCAAACUUGUAAACAGUUCUUGGCUUGACCAUGCUUGACACGUCCAGACAUGCUUGACAUGUCCAGACAUGUUUUGUUUAUGUCUCAGGGGCCUUCAACUUUGACACACAACUGAUAAUGAAUCACACUGCACAUAUGCAGUUUAAACCACGAACCAACCAGCCUAUAUGUACAGCUGCCUCUUGAAGUCCUCCAAUUAGUGGAUAGGCUAAUUAAGUGCGAUAAAAACUGAUCCAAAUAUCAGGCAUGUAUUUGUACUAUGUAAUGUUGGAAGAAACAUUGAUAAUGUACAAUGUAUGCUCACCGUUAUCUGAUUUUAAUUUGCUUUUAUAUAAUUCAAUUUUACUCACAAAUCUGUUUAGACAUGUUCAUUUUCAAGUCACAAAAUGGGGCAGGCAGGAAUUUGAUUGUUUGACAUUGCCGCUUUUUUUCAUCAUAAUUUCCCAAGUAUUCUGCCCCUCUCCAUCUUUCAAAUGGAAUAGCCCUUAGUGCUACUUGCCCUUGAGUUGGUCUUUGUAUUGUAAUAUUGCAGCUUGCAAUAUUAAAUCCACAAAAAAGUGUGGAAUACUUGUGGUUGUAUAAGUAUUAUAUAUCAGAAAAUGAUCUGUUACUGAAGUUGAAAUGUUUUAGGUGAUAUCUUCAUUUGAACUGCUUAUUUUAGUUGCUGGUAGGAUUUUUGCUUUAGCUUGAGAUCAUGUAUUGAGUGUUACUCAAGGCAAAAAAA